AUGCCUAUUAACCGCUCCCCACCAUCUCAACAACUACAGCUGUUGACGACUCCCAGUUCGAUUCCACAUUGUACCUCUGAGCCAAACCUGUCUAGCCAGACGGAUAUUGAGCAGCCAAAUGUAACCUUGCGUCAAAAGCAUUCCCGCUCUUUAUUCGCAACGAAACGACGGUAUCUAACCAAGAUGCCGCUACAAAUCAGGAGAAAUCAAUGUACGUCAUUUCUUCGGGACAAUCUUUUAACACUACUGACUGUGAUCGGUGUACUAUCAGGCACACUAUUGGGAUGGGGGUUGAGAGCGUCUGGAAUUGAGUGGUCGAGGCGAGAUGUGAUGUACUUCCAAUACCCGGGGGAGCUUUUCCUUAGAAUGCUUAAGUGCUUGAUAGUACCUCUUUUAGUUUCGUCUAUUGUGUCUGCCAUCGGUUCUCUAGAUCUCAGUUUAUCUGGCAAGGUUGGUUUGCGAGCCAUUAUUUAUUACAUGACCACGACAAUCUGCGCGGUGAUGCUGGGCAUUGCCCUUGUCACCACUAUCAAGCCUGGAAACGAUCCCGAAGCGUAUGCCCAACCAAAUAUCACCAAAAAACUCAUCACCAAAGAUACACUUACUUCGGAUACUCUAUUGGAUUUGAUAAGAAAUGUAUUCCCAGAGAAUAUAGCGCAGGCCACGAUCGCGUCGUACAGGACGAGGCUAGUAUACGACCAGAAUGACACUAAGGCAAUUAAAGGACAUUUAGAAACAUACAAAAUAGAAGGUAAUUAUCAGAGUGGAAGCAAUGUGCUAGGCUUAGUAUGCUUCAGCAUCGUACUUGGAAUUACGCUGGGAAAAAUGGGUGAACAGAGUAGACCAUUGCAAGAUUUCUUCCAUGCUUUGUCGGAAGCUAUGAUGAUUAUCACUGGAUGGGUUAUUUGGCUAUCUCCUCUAGGUGUUUUCUUUUUGAUCACAGCAAAAAUUAUGGAAAUAGACUCUUUCGCGGAAUUAGUCGGUCGAUUGGGACUUUACUUUAUGACAGUACUAUUAGGGCUAUUCAUUCAUGGUUUCGGUACUUUGAGUAUUUUGUUCAUACUUGCCACCAAGAAACUGCCGUGUAGAUAUAUUGCUAAAAUGGGACAAGUUAUGGCGACGGCAUUUGGAACUGCUUCAAGUUCAGCAACAAUGCCUAUAACGAUUGGUUGCUGCGACGAAAUGGGUCUUGAUCCGCGAAUAACUCGCUUUGUUAUUCCCAUCGGCGCUACCAUCAAUAUGGAUGGGACUGCGCUGUAUGAGGCAGUGGCAGCCAUUUUCAUUGCUCAGUUAAGGAAAGUUGACAUGUCUUUUGGCAAAAUUAUUGCUGUGAGUGUAACAGCUACAGCGGCUAGUAUAGGCGCUGCGGGGAUUCCCCAGGCGGGUCUGGUCACCAUGGUGAUGGUGUUGGACACUGUUAACCUGCCCGCUGAAGAUGUUUCCAUCAUUUUAGCGGUCGACUGGCUGCUUGACCGAUUCCGCACAACAAUCAACGUGGUGUGUGACGCUUUAGGCGCGAUCAUCGUCACGUCUCUAUCGCAGGGAGACAUAGAGAAAACGCGCGCGUUACACAACGACAGGGAACUUGCGGCUGCGCACGAACUAACUGAGCUGGAGAAGGGCGAGCAU